CUCCCCACGCCCACCUCUAGCGACAUGAAUGGUGCUUGUAGCUUGUGGUGCAUAACAUGCAUAGGUAUUUGUUGAACAUUUCAUACAUCGGUACGACUUUUCGUGGUAUUCAGAAGACGGUGAACAAGUUAGAGCAAUCGCGUCUGGACACAAACUCCGUACAAGGCUGUUUGGAGCUGGCGCUGCAGGUUUUUCACCCAACAAACGAAAUACAGACCGUGCUUUCCAGUCGAACAGAUGCCGGCGUACACGCCCUGCACUCCACCGUGCAGGUGGACCUGGAGCGUCCUAAUGGACAGCCAUAUGAUACAACCACUUUAACCGGAGUGCUCAACCGAACCCUUAACAAACAGCGUCUUCCCAUCCGAGUGCUCAGUAGUCAGUUGGUGGACAACUCCUUCCAUUGCCGCUACGACGCUAUUGGACGGACAUACCUCUACCGCUUUGCCGUCGCAAAGGAUUCGUCCUUGGGAGACUGUAAUCUCCGUAAUAAGGCGUACGAGACAUUCAUACCAGUGGAAGAAAUCGAUCGAUGUUACUUUCUGCAAUCUUCUAGCUUUGAUAUUAAUAGAGUCAAGGCUGCAGCGCGAAUGUUUAUCGGCGUCCACGACUUUCGCACUUUCAUGAGUGUCAGCCGACAGAAAGUUAGUCGGGAUCACCCAAUGUUCACAGUGCGUAAAAUCGACGAGAUUAAUAUACGUCCAGGUGAAACGCGGGCCCUGUCCUCGAGCGCCAUUCUGGCCGCUGAAACAUACAACUAUUGGGACAUCGAGAUCAAGGCUAAGUCGUUUCUUUACAAACAAGUAAGGCGCAUUGUCGGCGCGCUAAUCGCUUUGGGUAACGGACGCAUCGACGAGCGGUGCCUGUAUCAGAUGCUCACCGUUCCCUCGAAGAAUUCUUGGGAUUCCCGUAUUCUCCUUGCUCCCGCCUGUGGACUCUAUCUGUGCAGGGUACACUACCGAGAAACGGACAUUUAAGACCGCAAUGAUACUGCUGUAUGAGCUGCAAAGGCGAAUGGCCAACCUGAGACCCACCGCCACGGUUGUGACCACCCCCACCGGUGCGCGCUACAUUGAGCGAAGGAAUUCCUCCGACUGUAUGGAGGGCGUUGCCCAAUGCUCCCAGCAACUGGAUCCUCGUGAAUACGGUUUUGUCGUGGAUACCAAGCCGGACUCUGUGCCCGCCUGCAUUCUGAGCGACUUUCUCUACCUAGGCUCGCAGGAUGCAGUUAGCGUGGCCAACAUCAUAAAGUAUAAGUUAACUCACAUCCUGAGUCUCGGCAUUCAGACGCCCGAGUUGGACAGUCCCUUGCCAGUAAAAUGUAAAUUUUUGCCCUGUCUGGAUCUGCCGGAAACCGACCUGAUGGACUACGUCUUGCCAGUGUCAAUGGAGUUCAUCGAAGAUGCGCACAGGUCGCAGGGUUGUGUGCUCGUCCACUGCAAUGCAGGCGUUUCGCGAUCACCCUCCGUGGUUAUCGGCUAUCUAAUGAAGCGCCGUGACAUGUGCUACGAAGACGCAUACAAUCUGGUAAAAUCAUGGAGACCAUGUAUUCAGCCGAAUGCGGGAUUCAUACGGCAGUUAAAGAGGUUUGAUUAAAAAUAAAUAGGCUAGUAACUAUGA